AUGUCAGCAACCUUUCCCGGACUAGUCCACGACGCCGAGAUACGUCACGACGGAUCAAACAGCUACCGCCUGAUGCAGCUGGGCUGCCUGGAGUCCGUGGCCAACUCCUCGGUCGCCUACUCCUCGUCCUCCCCGCUCACCUACCCCGCGGCGGCCGCCACGGAGUUCGCCUCACCCUACUUCUCCGCCAACCACCAGUACACGCCCUUACACCACCAGUCCUUCCACUACGAGUUCCAGCACUCCCACCCCGCGGUGGCUCCCGAGGCCUACGGGCUCAACUCCCUGCACUCGGGCCAGUACUACCAGCAGAUCCACCACGGGGAACCCGCCGACUUCAUAAACUUGCACAACGCGCGCUCGGCGCUCAAGUCCUCGUGCCUGGACGAGCAGCAGCGGCGCGAGCUGGGCUGCCUCGACGCCUACAGGCGCCAUGACCUGUCGCUGAUGACGUCACACGGCUCCCAGGCCUACGGCGUGGGCAUGCACCACGCGGACCAGAGGCUACUGCCCGCCGCCGGCCUGGGGCUGCCUCCGCCCGGGGCAGACGACAUACAGGGCUCCGUGGAGGCGCAGUGUGGGCUGGUGCUGAACGGCCAAGGGGGCGUCAUACGGAGAGGGGGCACGUGCGUGGUGAACCCCACGGACCUGUUCUGCUCAGUGCCAGGCCGCCUGUCGCUGCUCAGCUCCACCUCCAAGUACAAGGUGACCAUCGCCGAGGUGAAGAGACGCCUGUCCCCCCCCGAGUGCCUCAACGCCUCCCUGCUGGGCGGGAUACUGCGCAGAGCGAAGUCUAAGAACGGCGGCCGCUGUCUGCGGGAGAAGCUGGACCGGCUGGGCCUCAACCUGCCGGCGGGCCGGAGGAAAGCGGCCAACGUCACGCUGCUCACCUCCCUGGUGGAAGGUGAGGCGCUCCACCUAGCCCGGGACUUCGGCUACACCUGCGAGACGGAGUUCCCCACCAAGGCGGUCGGGGAGCACCUGGCCCGACAGCACAGCGAGCCCAAGGAGACCAGCGCACGCAAGAAGAUGGUGCUCGCCACAAAGCAAAUCUGUAAGGAGUUCCAGGACUUGUUGAGCCAAGACCGGUCUCCUCUGGGCUCGUCCCGACCCACCCCCAUCCUGGACCUGGACAUCCAGAGACACCUAACACACUUCAGUCUCAUCACCCACGGCUUCGGCACGCCGGCGGUGUGCGCGGCGCUGAGCACCUUCCAGACGGUGCUGAGCGAGAUGCUCAACUACCUGGACAAGCACACGGGGGCCGGGGGGGGCAAGGCGGGCUCGGGGGGCCCCGGCGGUGACCAGCAGCUCAGCAACGGCUCGGAAAAGUCGGCGCUCCGGAAAACCAUUGACAGCAAAGACGGGAAAACGGAAAAGACUGAGUAG